UAUGGAACUAGAAAAUAACAAUAAAACCAAUAAUGAAGAUAUUGUUAAAACCAAUAUAUUAGGACAAGUAGAAUACUAUUCACCAGGUCAAGAAAGACCACAAGUAAUAUUCAUGAAUCCAGAAACAAUAUAA